AUGGCUUCACUCAAAUCAUGGUUACCGAUUCCAAAGUCAAGCCAUUUCUCCCUUGCGAACAUUCCAUUCGGAAUAAUUUCGACGGCGUCAAAGUCCAGUCCACGACCUGCUGUAGCCAUUGGUGACCAUGUUCUCGACCUACAGGAGUUCUCGGCAUCGGGGGCUUUCUCAUCUCUCAACAUUGAUGUGGCCGUCUUCUCCAAGCCGACCUUGAACGAUUUUGCGGCCCUCGGACGACCUGUCCACAGAUCUGUGAGGGAGUAUCUUCAGGAAGUAUUUGCCGAGAACUCCACCCAUGCAGACAUUUUGAAAAACAACAGCAGUCUGCAAGAUAAGGCAUUGCUCAAGCGAGACCAAGUCACUUCGCAUGUUCCCAUGCACAUUGGAGACUAUACCGAUUUCUAUGCUGGCAAGAAUCAUGCAUUCAACGUCGGAUGUCUUUUCCGUGGGCCAGAUAAUGCCCUCCAACCUAACUACACACAUCUUCCAGUGGGCUAUCAUGGCCGUGCAUCCUCAAUCGUGGUAUCGGGAACACCAAUCACACGACCCAAUGGCCAGAUACUGGAAGCCCCUGGAUCGAAGGUUCCAAUCUUCAGUCCUUGCAAAAGACUUGAUAUUGAACUAGAGCUUGGCGCAUUUUUAUGCAAAGGAAAUACUAUGGGCAAGAAUAUUCCGAUUUCCGAGGCUGCAGAACACAUUUUCGGCUAUGUGCUGUUGAAUGAUUGGUCGGCCCGAGAUAUUCAGGCCUGGGAAUAUGUUCCGCUUGGCCCUUUCCUUGCGAAGAAUUUUGGGUCCACUAUCAGUCCGUGGGUAGUGCUGGCAGACGCCCUGGAGCCCUUCAGAACCAAGGGACUUGAUAACGACACUCAGUUGUUGCCUUAUCUCCAGGAGAAGGAGGACAAGAAUGUCUAUGAUAUCCGUCUACAGGUCGACAUUACACCAGCCGAGGGACAAGAGACGACCAAUAUCCUCAAUUCCAAUGGAAGCAAUCUACUCUUUUCGUUCCCCCAAAUGCUCGCCCACCAUUCGAUUGGUGGGUGCCCGAUGGCCGUUGGCGACCUUCUCGGCUCUGGCACAAUCAGUGGAAAAGAUGCAGGUACAGAAGGUAGUUUCCUUGAGUUGAGCAAGGGCGGCAAGGAGACUAUCAAGUUGAAUGGUGGAAUAGAGCGGAAGUUCCUCCAGGAUGGAGAUACGGUCACUCUCUAUGGAGUCUCCGGUAACGAGGAGACCGGACUUGUAGGAUUCGGUGAAUGUUCCGGCAAGAUUAUACCUGCGCCGAAGAUCUGA